AUGGAAGAAAGUAUAAUACAAGAUUCAAAAGAAAAAAAGAUACGAACGAAAUACAUCGAUGAUUUUCGUCACAUGAUCGAAAUACUUUUACGAAUGAUUUGUGCAAAUAUUACGUUGUACGGUAUGUUGUUACUGUAUCCUAUAAUAUUGGAUUUCAUAAUGCCUUUAAACGAAUCUCAUAUACAUAUAUUUCGUUACAUUACAUUAUUUUCUGUCAAUCGUACCAUAUAUUUUUAUAUUUUAUGCUUGGAUUUUUUAUUUGUUGUCAUAUUUGGAUUAUUAUCUAUAAUAUGUACGGAAACGAUAAUUGGACUUUAUAUUUAUCAUACAGGUGUGUUGUUUAAAAUUAUUAGCCAUAGAAUAGAAAAGAUUAUUGCGUAUUUAACUAUAUUUAAUCUCUCAUCGAAGCAAAUUGAUUCGAAACUCGCAGAGCUUUAUCGUGUAGUGGAUAUUCAUAAUCAAGCUAUCCAACUUAUCAAUAUCAUGAUAAAUAAUUCAGGAAAACAAUUUAUGAUAUCUGCUCUUCUACUCGUGAUUUCAAUGGCUAUAAGUCUGCAUCGACUAGUAAAUGCGAUUACAAUUAAAAAGGAUCAAUUAGAAAUUGUCCUGUCUCUUAUAAUUUUUGCCAAUCAUUUGGUGAUUAUGUUUUUAUGUAACCAUAUUGCUCAGAUAUUUAUGAACAACAGUGAAGAAUUUUUUCAUGAAUUAUAUAUAUCUGUAUGGUAUUCUGUACCGUUAAAAAUACAAAAGAUUUUAUUACUUAUUAUGAUACGAAGCUCAACGGCAUGUAUAUUUCAUAUUUUUGGUGUAUUUGUUCCAUGCCACGCAGGAUUUACAACGAUGUUAAGUACCUCGUUUUCACAUUUUACUUUGAUGUACUCGCUACAAUAGAAUUAAUAGUAUGAUGUUAAAUAUAUCAGUAUCAAAAUAAAC